CACAUGUCAUAAGCUCAACUGUCUUGGCUUCUUGGAGUAGAGACUACAGUCUCUGGAAAUGUAUGUAAAAAUAAGUAAUGCACAAAAAUAAAAGCAAGAAGCCUCUAUCUUUUCCUUUUCUAUUCUUGGACACGCUGGUAGUUGAGAUCCCAUGAUACUGACCAGAUCUGCUUCGGACAGGAUCCCUUGAAGAGCGAUCAGUGUUAGCUGAGCUCUUUCACGGAAUGGAGCCAAGUCACCCCGCUUGUUGCCUUUUGCAAUGACCAACCCAUCCCCAUAGCUGCAGAGAAGAAGCCUUUUCACACGACGCUUAGUCCUGUGGCUGCAACACCAUGUCAAGCAAUGACGGUCCUGAUGGCCCAGCUUCCACAACAACGAUCAGCUCUGUUCUUGUUCAGGCUGGAGACUGCAGAAUCAUCAUAGCUAUACUUAAGUGUGGACAAUGGGUGCAGCUCCAGCUAGCAGAAUCAGUACCAAAUGUAUUAGAAAUUGGCAGCAAUCAAGAAGAGACCAAAAAGUUGUUACAAGAUCACGAACUUCUCCUGGCUAAGAUUAAGCCUUUGGAGGGCCAGAUUUGGGACCUGUUACAUGAGGCAGACAAAACUGCAGCAGAAAACAAAGGUCAAGAACAGGUGUAUGAUGCCAUGGCAGAGACAUUGGGAGAUGCUUGGGAUUCGCUUAUUACUGUCCUGGAGAAGCGUAGGUCGCUUUUGAAGCUUGCUGCAGAUUUUUUUGAAAAUGCUCUAGAGUUUGCCAUCAAGAUCGACCAAGUUGAAGAUUUUGUGCAGAAUUCCCAAGAGUUUGAGAACCCUGAGUCCCUGAGAGCUCUUCUGAAACAGCAUGGACACCAUACAAAAGAGCUUUUAGAAAAAUCUCUGGUUCUCUUAAACAAAAGCCAUGACCUUACAGAAUUUAUGGAGGAAUUUAAGUCUGAUGGCCCGAACGUAAAUCCAGCAUUCAUACAAGGAGCCCACAAUAGCUGCAUGAAAAUUGGUAGUCUCCUUGAAGCUCUCCAAGACAGGAGAAGGCAACUGGACAAAUACCUGAAGCUGCAACGCCAAGGACUGGAGCAGGUUUUGCAAAUCUGUCAGUGGCACCAGCAGGAAAAUCAGGUAACUUCUUGGUACAAGAAGAAUAUAAAAGAUUAUUUCCAUAAGCAAGGCUGUGGUUCAUCUUUAAAAGAAAAUGAAGACUUACUUGAGGAGCACAAGGAAAUGGAAAAUAAGGUUAAAGAAUGGAACUCUGUUGUGGAAGAAUUGAAAUCUGAUGCUCUGAAAAUUUUGUUUUCUGAAGAAUAUGCUGAAAAAGAGCACUUAAAGCUUUCAAAUCAGAAAAUUAAUCUGUUGCAGACAGAAGUGAAGCGUUGUAUGGAUGACCGGAAGGCUUCAUUGCAAGAAGCCAAUGACUUCUUCACUGCAGCAAAGAAGGCAUAUGAUGUACUUGAAAAAGUAGAGGCUUCUCUUCAGUUGCUUGACUCUGAAGAUAUAACCUUGUCUGCCUUGGCAAUAAAACACCAGGAACUGGAGAAAGAACUGAAAGAUGGAACAGCUGAAGCCUUGCAAAGGGGACACACAUUGCUUAGUAAAGGAAACACCCAAAGUUCUUCAAUGACUGGUGUCCAGGAAACGGUUAGUUGCAUUCAGAAAAGAACAGAUCAGCUGAUGAAACAGUGUCUUGGUCACAAAGAACAUGAGUCAAAAAAGCAACCCGUCACCACCUCUUUAGAUGAUUACGUCAUAAAGGCCUCUGCAAAGAUAAAAAACCUUGGUCCAGUACUCUCAGUCGCAAUGUAUCCUGGAUCGUCUGUGUCUGAAUCAGAGAAAGUCUUGAACAAGUAUUUAGACAUGGCAAACCAAACUAAGGAGAUAGCCAACGAACUGGAAUUAGCCGUCAGGAUUUUUAAGGAAAUGGAAGAAUUUGAAACCACAGAAAUGGAAGCCUUUUCUAACAAAACUGACCUUCUAAAUGAGGAACUGGCAGCACUUAACAGAAAUAUUAGUUUAAAACUGGAAAUUUUGAAGCCGUAUGUAGCAUUUUUAAAGUCAUCAAGUGAGGUUGGUGAUGAUGCCCAGAGGCUGAAAAAGUUCUAUAUCACUGUUCAAGAAAAUGAAGCUAAAAUGGAAAACUUGAUACAGUCAGCUGACACUCAGUGGCAGAUGGUUUUAAAGAAGAUUCUUUCCACUCAAGAUAUGGGGCAUGGCUUUUUAAAUCUAGUAAACAUGGUAAAUGAAAAUCUCAUAUUGAAUGUGGAAAAUGUUGUUCGAGUAACUGAAGAUACUAUUGAAAUUCUGAACAAAGAAAAAGAAGAAUUGACAAGGCUUUGGACAACAUGGAAACUUAAUAUGACUCAAGUGCAAUCCAUCAAACAACAAUGUGGGAAAUUUAAUGAGCAAUUUCAAAAUACUAUCCAAACCUUGAACACUCUUCAGGAGGCACUAAGGUCUACUGCUGAACUUGAUCUUGGAAGUAACACUUCAAUACUUGCAGAAAUGCAAAAUAAAUUUAACAAAAUGAAGCCACAAUUUCAGCAACUCGGUGCUGAGGUGGAGUACACAUUAAAGUUAUCAGAGCAGCUGAGCUUGAAAGGAGUACCUGACACAGAAAAGUCUGAGAAAGUAAGUGAGCUAAUUCAUCUCCAUAAGGAGAUAAAGGAGAGGAUGGCCGAGUACGAUGCAAUUUUCAACAAGACAGUCAAGUUCCACCAUGUCAAAGAGGAACUCGAAAGUCUCAUAAAAUCACAAGGAUUGGAGAUCUCAGAAAUGAAAGAUGUGCCCAGUGACUCUUCACAUGCUAAGAUCCAUCUGAAUAAUGUCCAGGAGAAGCACACACGUAUUAGGAACCUGUACAAAUUGGCCUUCACACUCGGAAUGGAUAUAAUUUCAACAGUGAAAAAUCCUAAUUCCUUUAAUGUUUCUGUAAAGAACCUCCAGCAGCAACUAGAUGCCCUUGAGUCUGACAGCAUUCACUGGGAUUCCAAAGCUGAGAAGUAUGAGGAAGAGCUGUCACACACCAUACGUUUCUGCACCACAAGAGAGGAGAUAAAUGAGAUCAGAGAAUCAUUUAAAGAUCUCAAAAAGAAAUUCAACAACAUGAAAUUUAACUAUAGCAAGAAAAGCGAAAAAGCAAGAAACCUGAAGACCCUAAGAAUUCAAAUACAGCAAGUUGAGGCAUAUUCUGAAAAAAUGCAGGUACUGAAAAAGAAAGAAGAGAAUUUAAAGAAGAAAAUCUUAGAUUCCCUGCCAGCAUUACCUAAUGAUAAAGCUGGCAUACUUUCUGAGUCAAUCAGUGAACUAGAGAAGCAACUGAGUGAAUUUGGCAAAAAUAUGGAAGAUUACAAGCAAAAUUUAGACCUCAUGGAACACCUACAGCAGCUGAUGGAAGAGUGCCAGUUUUGGUGUGAAGAAGCGAGUGCUACAGUAGUUAGAGUUGAAAAAUAUUCAACAGAGUGCAAGACGAAGGAAGCAGUAGAAAUACUACACAAACAAUUCAACAAGUUUGUUGAGCCUAUGGUUCCUCAACAGGAAGAAAGAAUUCAAACAAUCACUAAACUUGCAAAAGACUUAUAUGGUAUUGAAGAAGGAAAGCGGUAUGUUGAAAAAUUAGGAGCAAAGUACAAAGAAGUUCUUGAUUCUGUCGGUGAACUGUGCAGUUCCUUAACAGAACUGGAAGACAAGCUGGAGGAGGACCCACAAGAGGGAAAACUAGCUAAUUCUGAUCAUUUUGAUGAUGAUAUCAAAGCAGAAAAAGAAAAACAGAAAGAGAAGAUUGAUCAAGAGGAUAUGAAAGACAAGUCAAAUGAGCUGGAGCAGGAAGAGAAGAUUUUGGCUGAUACUUCAGUUAUCUGUCCGGCUGGUGAGGAUUCUGUUUCAAAGGACACCGAACUCUUGCCUUCUGCCAAAGAGGAUAGCUUUCAGGCUGAAUUCCUGGCAGAAGAAAUGCCCUCUGGAGACGAUGAAUAUGAGUGUAUAUCCCCCGAUGAUAUCUCUUUGCCUCCGCUUUCUGAGACGCCAGAAUCCAAUCUUCUGCAUUCUGAAACAGAUCUAGAAGAGCCACCUUGCUGUAGCUCGCGGGGUCUGCAUGUCAGCUCUUAUACUGUGCAAAUGCCGAUAAAUGCUGGCAGUAAAAGAAUGGCUGGUGAAUCUGAUCCCUUAACCUCCGCUGCUUAUGGUGACGUGCCUGGUCACAGAAAGGAAUGUAUAUCAGAUGAGCUAGAUAGAUUUUCCUCCUCGACCAUAAGUUACCAUUCAGAAUGCAAAGUGGAAUCCCCCGUUGCUCAUAGUUCGCCAGAAAUGCCUGAAGCCAGCCCUGUUCCCUGCACGCUCAAGACCAAGUCUUCCUAUUGCAUGACGAGUGAAGUGUGCCAGAGCCAUUUGCAACGCCAUAAACUUCACAAAGGCAUGACAGAAGCACAGAGGCAAUUGCAUGGCAUAAAUAACUUUACUAAAAACCAAGAUAGGCUGCAUGCUUCAUCCAAUACAUUCUCAGAUCUCCUGUUUCAAUCAGACGCCACCAGAAGCUGUCAGAGGCAGAUGGUCACCCGAGAAGAGAUUAAAAGUGUAUCUGAAAAGAACCGCAUGGUCAGCCUAUCUGGACAGGCGCCUAACUUCUCCAAGCUUCUGUCUAAUGUAACUGUCAUGGAAGGUUCUCCGGUGACUUUGGAAGUAGAAGUAACGGGAUUCCCAGAGCCUACACUGACCUGGUUCCAGAAGGGCCAGAAACUGACUGGAGAUGAGCACAUAGAGCUCUUACACAAGGACAGGAAGCAUACUUUGUUCAUUGAGAAGGUGUGUGACACAGAUGCUGGCCUCUAUGUGGUUCGUGCAAAAAAUUCUAGUGGCACAGUCUCCUCAAGUGCCAUCCUCCAUGUGAAAGUUCAAGGAAAACAGCCAAGUUUCGUUAAAAAAUUUGGCCAUGCCACUGUGCAAGAAGGAGAUGAUUUAAACCUGCAAUGUACAAUAUCCGGAAGACCAAGGCCAAAUGUUACUUGGACAAAAGAUGGCAUCAGAGUGGCAGCAAGAGGAAUUAGUAUGGAGAAACUAGGGGACACCUAUUACCUUUUUAAAAGGAAUGCAGUCCUUGCUGACACUGGGAAAUAUAUCUGCCUUGCAAGUAAUGAUGCCGGGGAGACUCACUGCUCUGCUUUCAUAACAAUAAUAGAGAAGAAUACAAAUGUCUACGUUCCCAGCAUAACUGAGACUAAAUCAGAGAGAGAGAGAGGUUACCUAUCAGAAGAAGAAAAGGCUGCCACGCCAGAAGCAUUACAAGGUCAAAAUUUGCUUUGCUUGAGAGGUCAAAGGCAAACUAAAAAGCGUUCUGUGAGGUUGGAACUCACAGCUUUCUUUGUCCUUGCUGUACAAGGUUUUUUGUGUGUGUGCUUGAAUUGGCUGAAGAAAUUUCUCCCAGAUUCAUUAAUUCCACUUUGAGCCAAUCCAGGAAAAUAACAUCUUUAAGCUGUACUGGGGAAUCCUUCUCAUAGGAAUGUAACAUUAUGUGAGAGGAGAAGAAGCAGCAACGUUCGAUCCCAUGAGACUUCCCAUGCAAUCACUUAAAACUAUACAGCUGCCUGCUAAGAACCUCGGGAACCCAACAAGAUCAUCAGCAAAGGAGAUGGAAGAUGUAGUGGGAAUGGACCGAGCAAAUAACAGACUAGAAUCAGCCUCAUGAAGAUUUGAAUACAUGUCCUCCCAAAACAGCUUUUCAUCAUAUUGCCAAAAUGAUUUUGAAAUAUCGUAUCAUAGAUGGUUCAUGUUCGAUUGAUGUCUUUUAUGUUUAUCAUGUACAAAGUGUUCAUAUCUGUGCUGAAUAUUCUUUUGGAUCCAGUGAAGGACAAAGCAUGUUUGCUUAAUUCAUUUUUUCCCUAUCCUGCACACUUAAUUUACAUCUCACCAGUGUUCUUUUUACAGUUCACAAUAAUCGCACUAUGGUGCCACUUGAGCUGCCAUUGUGAUAUUGUAUAGAAUCCUAAGGCUUAUUGUUUGGCCAGGGGCACCGGAGAAGCUCCUAUCUAUCACCCUCCAAGAACACAAUCCAUCACCCUAUCUCCAUUCAGUUAAAGACAAUUUCUGUCUGUCAUUUUAUGCAUAUUAUUUUGAAAACAAACUUUCCAAAGUUGCUUCUAGCUGUAUCGUCCCAUGCCAUAGGCUUUGUUGACUAUGGCCAAUGAUAGUUGUGGUUCAAACAACAUUUGAAGCACAGGUCCUUCACACUUAGUCAUCUCUGUAUAAUCUUAACAGACAGCACACAGCUAAAAAGAACUGUAACUUGCUCAAAACCAGCCUAAACGGUUCACAUAGCUGAGACUUUUGACCUUCAGGGCUGGCUGAUGAGCCUGCACAAGCUACUCAGGUGAUCUAUGGGGCAGAAAUAUUUUAACAGGCACAGUUAUUGUACAUCACUGAAAAGGCAGUGAAACUCUAACUGAUGACUUCAAACAAAUGAGGUGUUGUUGUGAGGAGACUAUGAAUCUUGGAAAAACCUUUCCUAUACUCUCCCCACCAAACAGUAUGGUCGCUGUUUUGUAAUCCAAAAGCAACUUUUUCAAGGAUCUGACCCCUCUUCCCCUCUUGUUUUUCUAUAUCUUCUAUGUGAGUUCAUAAAAAGAUGGUUGGCUUAUCUCUCACAAAAGUUGUCGAAUACUUUGCAUUAUGUAUGGCUCCUUUACCUUCUCACCUUUUCCGCCUGCUUGAAAAGCAUACACAGAAAUCUGUUAAUAUUCCCAUUAUAUCUAACUAUGCAAUAAAAAAUGUAACAGAUGUAGCUCAACUGUGAGCAUAUAAAUAAAUAUACUUUGAAAUGCCA